AUUCUGGGAAAGGAAGCUGCCUGUAAUUUCUUCUCUUGAUAAACACUUGGUAGGGGAAGAGAGAGAGAGAGGAAUAACUUAGUGAGCACGGAUCUUGCAAUUGCAGGAACGUGUGUCCCUGGACAACAUGCGGCUGCUCCUGUCGGAAUUCAACAGGAUCCAAUUGUGAAGGAGAGAUAGAGAAAUCAUCGAGAUUCCUUAUGAAGGAGGCAAAUACUUUUAUAAACAGCGUGAUUUACCUGCACUUGUUUCUGCCCAACAUAUUUGGAGGACCUAUAUGCAAAACAGGGAACCCAGUGACUGAUGAUAUAAAACUUAUUGAUGAAUUGGUUGGAAACUUGCCAAGUGAUUAUAAAAUCCAGAUAAAAUAUAUUUCUAAAGUCCCUAAUGUGACUGAUACAUGUUGGCUGCAUUUAACAGUGCCUGAAAUGUCAUUCAGCUUGGAUGGUCUUCUGGAAAAGUUUGCCAAGAAUUCAUCAAAUUAUUUAAUUAUUGAAAAUCUCCACCGGGUUCUGGAUGGUAUUCACAACUGUCUAUCCGAUGACAAGGACUAUCAGGAAGAAUCUGAGUUCAACUGUGAAAAGUCCAAUCUGGAGCCUAAACAAUACUUUAAUUACUUCAGUGAAAUCAUUACUGCAUUCCAGUCAGCGGAGGACACCAAUCCAUGUGAUGCGGCAGCAGUCUGUAGGACAAUGGAGCCACCAGACGCAGGGCGUGGCUCCAACUCCACUGCACAUACUCUGGAGCAGACAAAUAAAACCCGUGCACCAAAGUGUGAACGCACACAUCCAGAGCUGGUCCGUGCUAAAAGACACUCUCUCACAGCCAAGCAGCCAACUCUGGAAUCAAGUGAUCCAGACAGUUUCAAAGGACAUUGUACUGACUGCAUCGCGCCAGCGGACUAUGUGCCCGUGAUUGGAAUCAGCAUUGUUUGCACUGUGAUUAUCACUGUGUUUCUCACGUGCCUGUUUAUCAGGGUACAGAAGAACUGCAGGAGAAACAGAAGAAAUAGAAAUGAUCACAUAGACAUAGAGCAGAAACAGAAAAGGGAAGAAAAUGCACUAGAAGAAAGCCAAUUCAUCCAUGAAAAUCAAGACCCUCUUACAUAAAGUUACCAUCUGAUAAUGGGGUACCCAGUUUCAUUUGGCUUCAUAACUGGAGCAAAUUUCUCUACAUUUUGUAUUUUAUCCAUUUGGUGUGAAGUGAAGAACGGGAUUGGUGCAAUGAACUGCUGAAACCCCUUUGGCGUUCGACUUACAAGAAUGUUCCCCCAUGAAUGUGCGAUGGGCGUGUUGGCUGAGGAGAGUGUGUGUAUAUUCUCAGAGUGGGAGCCCUGUUAUUAUCGCCCCUAAUUGCCAAACACAUAUCUCCAUCGGACUGCAACAUUAAGCGGGCUUGGUGAAAGCAACCGAGAGUUUAGAAUUGGAACUGAAAGUGGAACCAGGAAGUGAGCAAAGACUGAUAACCUAUGAGGAUUAGUAAGGCUUUUGCCCCCUAAUAGUGCAAAAUAUACGUUGGGCUUUUACAGAGCAAACCAUAUCCAGAUCCCUUAAAACUAGGAAACAAUAAGACACCAAUUCGGUGCUUAACAUUCAUGUAGAAUGAUACAGCACAGAAAGAGGCCAUUCAGCUAAUCAUGCCAGAUAAUACACAACCCACCACAUACAGUGAUUGUGAGGUUUCUAGUGCAGUGAUGAAAACAAGAUACAGACUGUAAAAUGUCUGAUCAGAAGAUGAGGUGCUGUUCCUUUACAGCCUUCUGGUCCCAAGAACUUCAGACCAUGAACUCUGUCCUCCAUUUUGAUUCUUUACUUUUGUCAAGUGCCAGCCUCUAUUUUGUUUUGAUGUCUCUGCUUAAUUCAGGCAGAGCUGUCCUUUAUUCUGCCAUUAACACUUACUCUGGACCAAUGCUUUGUUUGUUUAUUACGACCAUUAUCACUCCUUUUGCCUUUUGUUCCAUGAUAUCUUUGUCAUUUAAUCUCUGCCACUGCUAACCUAUCCCUGACCUCCCCUUUUGUUCUACCUGGCCCCCCUCACUUUUUUAACAGCAUAAACCCAUUACAUUUCUACCCCUCUUGAAUUCCAAAGAAAUGUCAUAUAGAAACAUCAACUUUGCUUCUUUCUCUGCAGAUGCUGCCAGACCUGCUGAGCUUUUCCAGCACAUUCAGUUUUUAUUUCAUAUUUCCAGCAUCCACAGUAUAUUGCUUUCCUUUAAGUUCUUCUCAGUGCCCUGGCCAAUAUUUAUCCCUCAACCCAUAAACCAGGACAGAUUAUCCUACAUUACGACAAUUCAAAAGGUAUUUCAUUGGCUGUAAAGUGUUUUGGGGCAAUUUGAGGAUGUGAAAGAGGCUAUAUAAAUGCAAGUUCUUUCAUUCUAAACAGCAAUUGCAAUGAUCAAAUCUUAAGUCCAAAGUACAAGAGACUGACAGCAUUCAGGCAAACAAAAAAAAAUUCAUAAAUCUACCCUAGUGGAUCCAAGAGCCACCCCAGUGUGAACUCAUGUUCUAAAAAAAGAUGGCUGCACUUUAAGGAGAAUCCAGUGGGAAUGAGUGAUGUGCUGUUAUCCAAGUAAGAGCAGUGGAGGACAGGGAAGAUGGAAAAGAAAUUAAUUGAGAAAAAAAAUUAGUGUUUCAGAAAAACAAGCUUAAAAAUGUAAAUGGUCAGCAGAAUAGUGCAGUCCGGCAAGACUUCACUAAACACUUCAAACUAUAGGUAUAGACCAUGUACCAACACUACUGCUACCCUCUAAUCCACCCAUGUAAAUAGUUGGUGGUUUCAUCCUUGUCUUCAAAUUGCCUCGGUGACCUCACCACUCCCUACCUCGGUGACCUCCUCCAGCCCUGGACCCCACCACCAACAUCAUCACCCCCCCCCCCUCAACAUUCCCCACACGACCUGAUCUUCCGAGGUCUCCAGUCCUAGCUUCUUGUGCGUAUCCAACUUCCAUCGCUCCAGCAAUGGCGGAUGUGCCUUCAGCUGCCAAGGCCCAACGCUCUGGAAUUCCUUCCUCAAAACACCUCCACCUUACUCCGCAUCGCUCUCCUCCUAUAAGAUGCUCCUUGUAACCUACCUCUUUGACCAAGCUUUUGGUCACCUAUCCUUAUGCGACUCAAUGUCAUGUUUUGUUUGACCAUGCUCCUAUGAACCACCUUGGGAUGUUUGACUAUGUUAAAGGUGCUAUAUGAAUGCAAGUUGUUUUUAUAAUGAACACUCUUAAACCAUGAGCGUCUCCUCUUUUCGGCUGGAUGGUCACAAUGUCUCGGAAGAGCAGAAAAUAUUCCCAUCAGCAAGGAUUUAAAUUUUAUGGGGUAUUUUUUUGCUAAUAAGUUCCUGGAUUUUAUUAGUAUCCAAUUUUGAGUCUGCCUUUUGCCAAAACAAAGCUGAUGGAUCUGCCAACCCAUGUGAUUUCCUGAGACCUCACAUCAUUUCCCAGUUUAAUAAGAAUUCAUUUUUGCUGCUCCCCAUCAGUUCUACACUGGCAAGAUGUUUGGCUGUCUCUUGUUUUAAUUCUCUGAUUCCACUCUCUCCAGUACAGCAACAAAAAAUAUUUCUGUUUUAGGAUUUUCAACCUAAAAUUUACCUUUGGUGGCCUGAAUAGGGGGCUGCUAAAGGCCUGAGUUGCCUUUGGGGCAGCAGAUAGAGAAAUCUGUCCAAAUUUCCUGGCACUGGGAGAUGGAAACACAACGUAACUGGAAUGUGCCAAGAGACUGUGCUCCUGGCCAACUUUGAGGCCUGUUGGCUGCUGUCAGAGAACAAACAGCCCAGAGGCCAAAGGUCU